GCUCUGUGAGAUGCCUCGGUUCGGGUAGUGCUGUGUUGCCUGUGAGAACACAGUCGGGCAGCAGUCGUCGCCACUGUGCGUCGCCAAAGAUGUUGCAACAGCAGCCUCUGACUGGCAAUGGGCCAUCCAACGGCCGGGGACUCGGCGUGAGCGGCCACCCCGGGAUGCAUGCGCUCAACUCGGUUCAUCAACCCUCCCAGCACCGGUCGGACGGAGGCGAGUCGGGCCUCGAGGGCACAGAAAACGGACAUGAAACCCGCAGAGAUAUUGGUGACAUACUGCAGCAAAUAAUGACCAUCACCGACCAAAGUUUGGACGAGGCACAAGCAAAGAAACACGCACUAAACUGUCACCGAAUGAAGCCCGCAUUGUUCAGCGUUCUUUGCGAGAUCAAGGAAAAAACGGGCCUGUCUAUGAGGAACACCCAGGAGGAGGAGCCUCAGGAUCCUCAGCUGGUGCGUUUAGACAACAUGCUGCUGGCGGAGGGCGUCGCCGGGCCGGAGAAAGGAGGCGGGGCCGCCGCCGCCGUGUCUGCCGCCACCAGCUCCGGAGGGAUGUCGCCCGACAGCUCGCUCGAGCACUCCGACUACAAAAGCAAGUUGAGCCAGAUUCGCAGUAUCUACCACACUGAGCUGGAGAAGUAUGAGCAGGCAUGCACUGAAUUCACCACUCACGUCAUGAACCUGCUGAGGGAGCAGUCGCGCACGCGGCCCGUGACUCCGCGGGAGAUCGAGCGCAUGGUGGCCAUCAUCCACCGCAAGUUCAGCUCCAUCCAGACCCAGCUCAAGCAGAGCACGUGUGAGGCCGUCAUGAUUCUGAGGUCCCGCUUCCUGGACGCCAGGCGUAAGAGGCGCAACUUCAGCAAACAGGCCACAGAGGUCCUCAACGAGUAUUUCUACUCCCACCUGUCCAACCCUUACCCCAGCGAAGAAGCCAAAGAGGAACUUGCCAAACAGUGUGGAAUCACCGUCUCUCAGGUCUCCAACUGGUUUGGCAACAAACGAAUCCGCUACAAGAAAAACAUCGGCAAGUUCCAAGAGGAGGCCAACCUGUACGCCAUGAAGACGGCUUUAGGAGCCAGACAGGGAGACGAUUCUCCGCACACUCCAAACUCCACAGGGUCGGGGUCGUUCUCCCUCUCGGGCUCAGCGGACAUGUUCCUCGGGGUUCCAUCUGUGAACGGCGAGCAGUCCGCCUACCAGAUGCAGGCUAACGGAAACUGGCAGGGUCGGGCCUCGCCCCCCUCCGGCACUUCGCCCCGCACCGACCACUCGGAUAACUCCGACUGAUGGCCCCGCCCCGCCCGCACAGAACGACAGAAAGAUUGACGAGGGAAAAGACAGACAGAAUGAUAUCACCCUUCCCACUUGGCUGCAGUUGUUUUUGUAUAAUGUUUGGUUAUUUUAAAUGUCCGUUGUUUUUUUGUUUUGUUUUGUUUGGAAAGCCGCCCAGCGUAGGUCAUCAUUAUGUUUGUAUGAUUAGCUGAGUGCACAGACGGUAGAGUGAGUGUGUGUUGAGUGCAUGCAGGUUUGGGUUUUAUCAUCGGGGCUCGUAGGGUUUGUUUUCCACUUGUUACUAAAAUGUAUUUGUGGUUGGAAAGAUGUGAGAGGUGGGAUCGCAUUAUCUUUUGUUUUUAGCACACUAUAUCAUUUUUAUUAAUAUUAUUAUUGCUUGUACUAUUAGUUUAACAAGUGUUUUGGUUUUAACGGCUCAGAAAGGGAGUGCAUUUAGUGAAUGAGAGGGCAAUAGAGAAAAAUCCAAAGAUUUGUGUGUUUGUUUCUCUGUUUCAUGUUGUUUCGUUUCUCCUUUUCUCUUUUUUACUGGCCUGUCCCUGUAAAUGAAUGAGGCGUGUCUGAGUCCAUAUUAUUGGUUUGACUGAGUAAAAACAGUGCUGUCUUUUUUCUGUACAGUGAAACACCUGUAUUCUCUCUACCUCUUUUACAAUAAAGACUCUCUGUAUUCACAAGCA